UUGUGUGAUUGGACGUUCUCUCUAAUUAUUCAUGAGCUGUCCAGUGCCAUCGUAGAGAGAGAAAAAAACGUCUGCAACUUUACUCCUAGUGCCCAUAUUUCCUACAGCCCCUGAAUGCAGCAGCAGGCUGACUGGCUCUGUGAAGAUGGCGGACUGUAUACGUGUUCCUCUGCUCCUGUUUUUGAUGUGCAUCUUAUCGUCUUUGCAUCCAAUUCAUGGAGAAAACAACCAUAUCGGCAAACUUGCUGUUAAUGCGGAUAACCAACCGAAACCACCCGGAGGUGUGGGGCCGGCUGCGGGGGUCCCGGUAGCCGCUGAGAGGAUCCCGGGCGCUGGGGCCUCGCUGCCUCGGAGGCGCUCUACCGGCUGGAAGUUGGCUGAAGAGGGGGUGUGCAGAGAGGACUUGACCCGGCUUUGCCCCAAACAUUCCUGGAACAACAACCUGGCGGUGCUGGAGUGUCUCCAGGAUAAGAAAGAGGAAACUGAGAUUGCCGCCGAAUGCAACCACCUGCUAUGGAACUACAAGUUGAACUUGACCACCGACCCAAAGUUUGAGUCCGUAGCCGUGGAGGUCUGCAAGACCACCAUCUCUGAGAUUAAAGAAUGCGCCGCGGAGGAGCUGGGCAAGGGCUACCUGGUGUCCUGCCUGGUGGAGCACCGUGGCAACAUCAGCGACUACCAGUGCAACCAGUACAUCACCAAGAUGACCACCAUCGUCUUCAGCGACUACCGGCUGAUCUGCGGCUUCAUGGACCAGUGUCGCGAGGACAUCAACGCGCUGCGCUGCGGCAGCAUCAGCACCGGGGAGAAGGACAUCCACUCGCAGGGCGAGGUGAUCGCCUGUCUGGAGAAAGGCUUGGUGCGGGAGGCCGAGGAGCAGCCGGGAGCGCACCCCAUCAAGGACGACUGUAAGAAGUCCAUCAUGAGAGUGGCCGAACUCUCCUCGGACGACUUCCACCUGGACCGAUACCUGUACUUCGCCUGCCGAGAGGACCGCGAGCGCUUCUGUGAAAACACGCUGGCCGGAGAGGGACGGGUCUACAAAUGUCUCUUCAAUCACAAGUUCGAGGAGGCGAUGUCUGAGAGGUGCCGCGAAGCUCUGACCACCCGGCAGAAGCUGAUCGCCCAGGACUACAAGGUGAGCUACUCGCUGGCCAAAGCCUGCAAGUCGGACCUGAGGAAGCACCACUGCAGCGCCGACAGCAACAUGCCCCGUGCCCGAGAGGCGCGCCUGUCCUACCUGCUGCUCUGUCUGGAGUCGGCGGUACACAGAGGCCGUGUGGUCAGUGGCGAGUGUCAGGGCGAGAUGAUGGACUACAGGCGGAUGCUGAUGGAGGAUUUCUCUCUGAGUCCGGAGAUCGUGCUGCACUGUCGCAGCGAGAUCGAGGGCCACUGCUCCGGUCUGCACCGCAAAGGACGGACGCUGCACUGCCUGAUGAGGGUCGGCAGAGAAGACAUGGGCACCAUCGACAAAGACUGCCAGAAGGCGGUAAGUCGACAUUUGAAGCCCGACCAGACCGAUACGCAUCGACCGUAUCAGCCCAACGGGCCCUGCGAGUCCGUCAUCCAGACUGCCUGCAAACACAUCCGCAGCGGAGACCCCAUGAUCCUGUCCUGUCUGAUGGAGCAUCUGUACACGGAGAAGAUGGUUGAGGACUGUGAACACAGGCUUCUGGAGCUGCAGUACUUUAUCGCCAGAGACUGGAAGUUGGAUCCCAUCUUGUAUAAGAAAUGUCAGGGCGAUGCUGCCCGGCUCUGCCACACUCACGGCUGGAACGAGACUAGCGAAAUGAUGCCCCCCGGCGCCAUUUUCUCCUGCCUGUACCGCCACGCCUACCGCUCCGUGGAGCAGGGACGCAGGCUCUCGAGAGACUGCAAGGUGGAGGUGCAGAGGAUCCUCCACCAGAGGGCGCUGGACGUGAAGCUGGACCCCGAGCUCCAGAGACGAUGCAUGACCGAUCUGGGGAAGUGGUGCAGCGAGAAGACGGAGGCCGGACAGGAGCUGGAGUGUCUGCAGGACCACCUGGAGGAUCUGGUGUCCGACUGCAGGGACGUGGUGGGGAACCUGACGGAGCUGGAGUCGGAGGAUAUUCAGAUCGAGGCGCUGCUGAUGCAAGCGUGUGAACCCGUCAUCCAGACCUACUGCCACGAGGUAGCUGAUAACCAGAUCAACACCGGUGAUCUGAUGGAGUGUUUGGUUCAGAACAAACACCAGAAGGAGAUGAAUGAGAAGUGUGCGGUGGGAGUGACCCACUUCCAGCUGAUUCAGAUCAAAGAUUUCCGUUUCUCCUACAAGUUCAAGACAGCCUGCAAGGAGGACGUUCUCAAACUUUGUCCCAACAUCAAGAAGAAGGUGGACGUUGUGAUCUGCCUCAGCACCACGGUGAGAAACGACACCCUGCAGGACGCCAAGGAGCAGCGAGUGUCCAUCAAAUGUCGUAAACAGCUUCGGGUGGAGGAGGUGGAGAUGUCGGAGGACAUCCGCCUGGAGCCGGAGCUGUACGACUCGUGUAAACAGGACAUCAACCGGCUGUGUCAGAACGUGGCCUUCGGCAACGCACAGGUUAUCGAGUGUCUGAAGGAGAACAAGCGUCAGCUGACUCAGCGUUGCCACCAGAGGAUCUUCAAGCUGCAGGAGAACGAGAUGGUUGAUCCUGAACUGGACUACCAGCUGAUGAGAGUCUGCAAGCACAUGAUCAGGCGGUUCUGUACGGAGUCGGAGGGAAAGAACGUUCUUCAGUGUCUGAAACAGAACAAGAACAGCGAGCUGAUGGAUCCGAAAUGCAAGCAGAUGAUCACCAAGAGACAGAUCACCCAGAACACCGACUACAGGCUGAACCCGGUGCUGAGGAAGGCCUGUAAAGCAGACAUCCCAAAGUUCUGCCAGCCCAUCCUGAACAAGGCGACAGCCGACAGCGAGCUGGAGGGUCAGGUCAUCUCCUGCCUCAAACUCAAAUACGCCGACCAGCGUUUGUCUCCGGACUGUGAGGCUCAGAUCCAGGUCAUCCUGCAGGAGUCAGCGCUGGACUACAGACUGGACCCCCAGCUGCAGAUCCACUGCACACAGGAGAUCUCCCGGCUGUGUCCGGAGGAAGCAGCAGCCCAGGAGCAGACGGGCCAGGUGGAGGAGUGUCUGAAGGUGAACCUGCUGAAGAUCAAACAGGAAGGCUGUAAGAAGGAGGUGCUGAACAUGCUGAAGGAGAGUAAAGCCGACAUCUUCGUCGACCCCGUCCUCCACACCGCCUGCGCUCUGGACAUCAAGCAUCAGUGUGCCGCCAUCCCACCCGGCAGAGGGCGCCAGAUGUCCUGCCUGAUUGAGGCGCUGCAGGACAAACGGGUUCGCCUGCAGCCCGAGUGCAAGAAGAGACUUCAGGAUCGCAUCGACAUGUGGAGCUACGCUGCCAAGGUGGCUCCGGCCGACGGCUUCUCAGACCUCGCCAUGCAGGUGAUGACAUCACCGUCCAAGAACUACAUCCUGACUGUGAUUGGUGCAGGCGUGGCGCUGCUCUUCAUGGGCGGGCUGCUCUGCGGCAGAAUCACCAAACGCGUCACCCAGGAGCUGAAGGACAGGUAGACCC